AUGUUUCAUGAGUGUUUAGCAAUGUUUCAUGAGGUUGCAAUGUUCAUGAGUGUUGCAAUGUUCGAUGAUUGUUGCAAUGUUCAUGAGUACAGCGUGGAGGGGAGCAAGUUACUGUUACUGGGAAGACUGGACCACAAGCUCUCCUCUGUGAUUCCUUCUAAAUCUUCUCCUGACACUAGUGUCAAAAGCUCAUUCUUCUUGCGUCAUCAGGGCAGCUCCGCCGUAUCCUCUGUCUGGCAUCUUUCCAGUACUUCUCCCUCAUCCCCAGUUUUCCUUUCUUUUCGACCUACGCCAAGAGCUUCCUCUACCGACCCGUCCUCGACUCCUCCAGUAAAUAAGUCACACGCCCCAGCAUCACACCUAGACGCCCAAGAAUCACCCCCAGACGCCCCUGCAUCACGCUUAAAUGCCUCAGCAUCACAUCCAGAUGGCCCAACAUCACGCCCAGAUACACCACUAUCACGCCCUGACGCCUACAUAAAAUCUGGUGCAGUGGCUGUACUAGAGUGUUCAGCUGAGCACUCCAAGACAACUGUUGUGUACGUCAUGCAAGAGUGUUUGGGUGUGGGCAGCGGAUCGAUGCCAAACGACACCCUCGUAUUCUGUUUCACACGCCCGUUGUUUGCACGCCCACCUCAGCACCCAUAUACUCACCGACACCACUCUCUCCACCUCAACAAGCUGACAUCACUACGGAAACCCUACGUCCCUCGUUAUCUUUCCAGCGAGCCCACGAAACAGGUUUUACCAAAACAAACACUUCAAGGACUCCAAGCGAAGCAUCAACCACUACAACUGAAACAUCACAGCACAAGGAGGAGCUACUCAGAGCACAAGACUGGCAACGAUCAAGGACCAGGAGAUACAACUGCUUCAGCCUUGGAUGAUGUUCCUGGUGCAGCAGGCGAUGUCACUCUUGCAGUGGACAAGGUUCCUUCUUACGGUAGUGCCGACAAACAGAGCGUCGGAAGCAGAGGUAGUGAAACAACUAAUUCGAAGUUGGCACCAGAGGCUGCCACUCACAGCUCUCCUCCUCCUGAAGGGCUACGAGUCGGUAGAAGUAACGUUGAUGGUGUUGGAGAGAGCAACAGCGGCGAAAAUAGCAAAAACAUCAGUCAGAGUUCCAGAAAUAAGCAAUACAAGAAGGCGAAGGCGACGGACAUGGACGAGGUGGGCGGCCUCCGACGAGCUUCGAGAGACCUGGGCCUCAACGCUUACACCCGACAAGACUCAGCGCCACAGCUGAGUUAUACACACAUCGACCAGACAGUGUCUCCUGGGUCACCUGUCACCCUCAAGUGCUCUGCUGUAGGCGUCCCCGUCCCUAUCAUUACCUGGACUCACGACAAUCAACCUCUCCUCAAAACACACAGGACUAGAGUAGGGAGCUUCAGGACGGAGCUUGGGGAGGUGGUAAGCCAAGUGAAUCUAAGCUCAGUUACGGUGCGCGAUGGUGGGUCAUACGCAUGCACAGCUCACAACACUGCCGGCUCCGUCUCCCACACCGCCAGGCUCAAUGUAUAUGGUCCACCGUUCGUGCGUGCAAUGCCGAACAUUACAGCGGUGGCUGGGGAAGAUGUACGACUGUGGUGCCCUGCUGGGGGAUUCCCUGCCCCUACCAUCACUUGGCGCAGGGAGGGACUAGCCCUCCCCAACUCCCUAAGACACAAGGUGGUGACCAAUGGGACGCUGGUGGUGAAGAGCGCCAGCCAUGAGGACGUCGGCCGCUACACCUGUGUUGUCUCCGGCAGACAAGGACAGAGUACUGCCUCCCACACUUACCUUCAUGUACUCAAACGACCAGUGAUCGAGCCGUUCACGUUCCGUCCUAACCUGCACGAGGGAGACCGCACACAGCUCACCUGCUUGGUCAUCUCCGGGGACUUGCCUAUCACCAUAAACUGGCUCAAGGACGGCGCCCACCUCCAGCACGACCCAGAUAUCGACAGCAAGCAGAUCCACGACUAUUCCACGGUGCUGUUAUUCAAGACUCUGCGAGAGCACCACACUGGAGCCUACACCUGUGAGGCAGCUAAUGCCGCUGCCACCACCAACCACACCGCCACCGUCAGAGUGAAAGUGACACCUCGCUGGCUGGUUGAGCCCCUGAGUGCCACGGCUCUGGUGGGGUCGGCACUGGUGCUCGACUGUAGUGCCCGAGGCUACCCCACCCCAGUCAUCACCUGGAUGAAGGCACCAGGUGAGUUAGCUGAGGACUUCCAGGGGUUGGUGGUGGACAGCGUGAGGUUGUCACAAGCGCUCAAUGGCUCACUUAUCUUGACCGAUCUCUCCACCUCCAACGCCGGCUGGUACAUAUGUAGCGCCGACAACUCCGUCGGGAAACCCAUCUCCAAAAUCGUCCAAGUCACAGUCCAUGCGCCAGCGCGUGUGGUGACGGAAGGUCGACUGGUGACUGGACACGCUGGUCAGACAAUGACGGUAGAGUGUGAUGCUACAGGUGAUGACCCUCUCUCACUCACCUGGCACCGUCACCAUUCACCUAUAUCUCCAGGACACAGGGUGUCGGUAAGGAAGAGCGGUGGUCCCACGUCGGUGAAGUCUGUGUUGGAGAUCCGGGCGGUUACAGCUGCGGACGCUGGCCCCUACACCUGCCGCGCCACCAACCCUCAUGGCGACCACUCACAACUCUUCGACAUCUCUGUCAUAGAGCCGCCAACAGCACCUACAGGAGUGGUCUUGUCUGAGAUUGGGAGUCGAUCUGCUCGCAUCUCGUGGUCCCUCCCACAGCCAGCCGCUGUCACCAUACAAUACAGAGCUGAGGAAGAGUCAUGGGUAUCGCAUGGUCGCAACGUGAGUGUGGGCCAGUGGGCAUCAUGGCACGUGUUGACGGGUCUAACUCCCUAUCACACCUACGCAGUCCGUCUCAUGGCUCACAACGACCUGGGAGUCUCGCAGCCCUCUCAAGUGCAUGUCUUCACCACCCUCGAGGAAGCGCCUUCUGGAGCGCCUCAGAACGUGCGUGUUGCGGCUGCUGGUCCUCGUUCUCUGCUAGUGUCAUGGCGGCCUCCAGCACCCCACCUCAUCCACGGUCCUCUAAGUGGCUACACCAUCGCCCUUCGUCGCCAGAACCUGCAGGGGCACCUAACCUACAUCACCAGACCCGUCACGAUUGCUGCAGGAGACAGAGAGGCGGUGGAGCAGUAUGAGGUCAGGGACUUGACUCCAGCCUCUCUAUAUGAGGUGGCUGUGAGAGCCUUCACAAGGGCAGGUCCAGGACCACUCUCCUCACCCAGGAUAGUAGACUCUACGUCGUACGAUGCACCAUCAUGUCCACCGGCGGGAGCGUCGUGCCGUGGGUCAGGGCGAGGUGGUGUCAGGGUGUGGUGGUCUCCCCCGCCUACCCACUGUGCAUAUGCCCCCGUCACUGGUUACACCGUCAUGGCCACUCCCACCGAGCACCGUCACACUAGUGGCAGUAGUACGUGGGAGGUCAACACGACCAACUUAGAGAAGAACCUUGACGGUCUCCCACCAGCCACUAACAUCAGUGUUCGUGUGAAAGCAUUCAACGAGAUCGGUUACAGUCCCUCGCAUAACCCAAUAUUCUGUAUCACGGAAGAUGAUGUGCCAGGUCCUCCUAGAAGGGUAAGGGUGGUAGUGACUGGAGGCACUACACUGCUAGUAACGUGGGCACCACCUUACCCAUACACUGGUGCCAUCCUGCACUACACUCUCUACUCUUCCAGAGAUGACCAGGUGGCAGUGAGGGAUGUUGUUGGGGCAGGCGGCUCCGAGGCUACGUGGAGGGAACUCACUGGCCUCACACCGGCCUCCAGAGUUCAGGUGUGGGUAACUGCUACCACAGUAGCAGGGGAAGGCAGUCAGUCCUCCAGACUCACAGCCCUGCCCACCUCCACGUCUUCUCACCCUCCAAUCGCUGUGGGCGGUGGGCGGUGGUGGCGGGUGGGUGCAGGAUCAGGAGUAACGCUGGGCUGCAGGGGUCUGGGGUCCCCACCCCCCAACAUCUCCUGGACGAAGGGAAGCAUAACGAUCAGUAGUGAUCAAGUGAUGCAGGUGCUGCCUGGCGGAGACCUACACCUCACUGCUGUACGAGAGACUGCUAACUACACAUGCUGGGUGAGUAACAGUGUUGGUAUGGACAGUCUGACACACCAGGUAGUGGCCGUCACAACACCACUACCGCCCACCCUCAGCCUCGCCCACGCCACUAACCACGCCCUGAACCUCACCAUUAUACCAGCUGAUGACGGGGGAGCUCCUAUCCUCGGAUACACUGUGCACCACCGCCAGCGUGCUGGAGAAUGGCUGGAGACUGUUGCUGACCCUGGCGUAAGGAGUGUAAUGGUGCGAGGACUGCCGUGUGGUGCCCCACACCACGUGUACCUCACAGCCUGGAAUAUGCACGGUACCAGCACCCCAAGUCCCGUCCUCGUCAUCAAUACCCUCGGUAGUGCUCCAGGGCGGCCAGAUGCAGCCAGACUAGUGCAGGUGAAUGAGACGUGUGUCACGCUGAGAGUGUAUGUCUGGCCUGAGCUGGGAUGCCCCGUCACACACUGGAAGGUAGAGCUUGGCAGUGAUGAGGGUGAGCUGUCCUGGACCCCUCUUUAUGCACAUGUGACCAGAGACACCACUGAUCUGGGUUUAUGUGACCUUGCUUUAGGCACCUGGCACCUCCUGCGUGUCACAGCAUCCUCAUCUGCGGGAGACUCCUCAGUUGUGUACCGUGUCGCCACCAGGAAUCAUAAUGGAGGUUCGAUAUCAGCUGAGCCGGUACAAGAAGUGUUGGUGAAGAGGAAGGCAGCAGUGGGUGGGCUGCUGGAUGCCCAUGUUGUGGCAGGGAUUGUGAGUGCACUUCUGCUAGCAGCUGCUCUUGUCAUCUGUGUCUGCGUCGUCUUCAGGAGACGGAGGUAUGGAGGCUACAGGCAGGGUGAGAGUGUAGACAACAAGAGUGGUGUAGAGGAAGACAACGCACGCAACACUGAGAUUACUCGUGCUCACCUGUACUCUCCUACACCCACUAAAAAACCAAGAGGAUCUUUAGCUUCUCUCAAAACACAAGAAGAAAUGUCAGAUCCUUAUGAAAUCUGUCCUUAUGCCACAUUCAGUGUAGGAAGUUCUGAGGGAACCUUGGAGUACGGUCUAUCCCUACACACCAUGAACCCCCGGGAUUGUCUGGAACAUCCACUCCAGAGUGACCCGCACUCACAGCACUCUCCAGCAUACGGCCAUCUUGCACGUCAACGAUCUCAGUCUAACUAUAAAGAAACAGGCAAGUAA